GCCGUACCCAGCUCGUUGAUCGUGUUCUCAGAUCGCCACUAUAAAGUGAGUCCUGGCUUAUUCGCACUCCAACAGAAGCUCCUCCUCGGUUCUUUUGUGCCACCAGCGGUCUCAUAACUCUCUGAAUGCCCAAUCAGUACAAGCCCGUUCCUAAUGCUGAAGACCUCCGUCCUUUCAUCGAGAAGUACUGGAAGCAGAACAAGAAGGAUGUCGAGAUCGUCGAGCUGCUCAAGAAGUAUCACAUCGAUCUCAACAAAUACGGCCUCGAAGUUCAAACAUUUAGAAAAAUUCGCGAGAAGCUUGGUUUCAUACGCACGCGGCGUCAAGGCCACACCGUGGACACAAUUGGGGUAUUUAUUGUCAAACUCCGUCCGAUCUAUCCCAAGGCUGGCGGACGGGAGAUGGUUAGCUUGCUAUUACACGAGGAGAAUGUGCGCGUGUCCCGCGAGACUGUAAUGCGCUAUUUUCACACUCAUGAGCCCGAUCUUGUUCGUGAGCGCCGACGUGGACACUUCAAGCGCAAGCAGUUCUGGGCAGCGGGUGCCAACGAUAUAUGGGCUGUAGAUCAGCACGACAAAUGGAAGUAUAAAUUCGGUUUAGCGCUACACACUGGGAUUGACCCAUUUCUCGGCAUGAUUCAUUGGUUGAAGAUUUGGUGGAACAACAGCAAUCCCCGCCUUAUAUUCAGCUAUUAUCUGGAAACCGUGGAACGGCUUGGGGUCAUCCCACUUGUGACCCAGAGCGAUCCUGGGUCAGAGAACGUGGGGAUUGCGAAUGGACACACACAGCUGCGUCACUAUCAGGACCCCUCACUUAUCGGCACCUCUCAGCACCGUUGGAUGCGAAAGAAGAAGAACAUCAUGCCGGAAAUCACAUGGAGUCAGAUGCGGCGUCGAUUCACUCCUGGCUUUGAAGACAUCCUCGACGUUGGUGUAAACGAGGGCUGGUACAAUCCGGGAGUUCUACUCGAAGCCUUAGUCUUCCGUUGGGUAUUCAUCCCGUGGCUUCAGGGCGAGCUCGAGCUGUAUCGGCAUCGCGUGAACAAUACCGCAAAGCGCUGUGAUCGUAACAAGAUCCUUCCUCACGGUGUUCCGACUAGCAUGUUUGAGUUCCCAGAGGAUUACGCCAUCCUCGAUUUCAAGAUCAAGGUCGAUCCUAUCGGUAUUGAAAAAGUCCGACAGAUGUACGCACCACCUGAUCAUGACGUCUUUCUCCUUGUUCCCCCUGACUUCGAGAUCGCGAUCUUGGAUAUCUAUGCAAAGCUUAAUAGCCCUAUUGUGGACCGGGACUCAUGUUGGGAUGUAUAUCUCCAGCUCCUGAAUUGCCUCAAGGAGUUGGAUCAGCUCAACGAUAUCGAUCAGAGUGCCGAUGCAAGGAACUGCGGGGCGGUGAGGGGGUCGUCGGAGAGGGUGCUUAUUAUAUGGGUGGAGUCAACAAUGGGGAUGGUCUCGGUCCUGAACAUCACGCAUGUCUGAACGCAAUGAUCAACGAUAUCGAGCCCGAAGUGGAUCCCAUGCCCAACUCCCAGUUACCGGAUGACGCUCACGCAUUGUACGCAUGGUUCUCGGACGAAGAAGACUCUCAGGAUUUCAAUGAUCAUUGGUAGUACAUACAUGCUGACGAGCAGUGAUGCGCCCUAGCCCUGAAAUCAAUCGAUCACGUGCAC